CAGGCUCUCUGCUUGUGCAUCAGACACUCAACCACAAUGGUCGGCCUUAACUACGCUAUUUCUCCUGUUGAAAGCUCGGAUCUCCUAUUCCUAGCGAAAUUCAUCCAUUCCGCAAAACUGUCUCUAAGUAUCAAUCGCCUUCUAUAUCAGCCGUGGCCGAACGAGACUAUCCAAAAAAGACAGUACACAGGAGCUGUCGAGGGUGCAUUUGCCGACUCCUCCAUGGAGUGUUUCAAGGCGACUGACGGGGAGUCCAAUGCAAUCAUCGGCUAUAUUGUUUUCGCGAGAAAGGCAGCCACCAAGGAAGAUCCAAUGGCCCCUGUCAAGGCUGGAAGUCCAGAUGAUGGCCCCAAUGCUCCAGAGGGAAUGAACCCCGGUGUGCUUGCUGAAGUGACUGCUGCGAACAUGGACAUCAGCAAGGCCACGGAACACAUUGACCGUUAUGAAUUGGUCUACAUGUGCGUUGAGCCGUCUUACCAGCGACAAGGAGUAGGGUCCAGCUUGCUCCAGUUAGGAUUUGACCGGGCUAGAGCAGAGGGCCUCCCACUUGUUGCCACUGCGGAGGCACCCGCAUAUGGGUUUUUCGAUACUCUGGGAUUCAAAGAGACAAGGCAUGUAGAUAUUGAUCUGCGCAAAUACGCACCCCCUAUAGUGGAUUCGGUAUAUUCCGACUUACUGGCAUGAUUUGGAAGCCUUGAAUUUGGGUGUUAUCUGACACAGAAACGACGCAAGGUGGUCCAAAUAGCAUGGGUUUCCAUCGUGCUUGGAAAAGAUAGAUUGAAGGGGCCACCUGAAAUGACUAUAUAAUGGGACUCUUACAGUAUUGUAGGAUGGCCCAUGUAUUGUUUAUAGUCAAAUAAAGUAGAGAUAUCAUUAAACUUCAGUGUUACUCAAUGAAGCUAGUAUGCC